AUGAUGUACGAAAAUUUUCGCCACACUCACGGCAGUGGAUCGGGAGCUGGUAAGAUGAUACAAAGAGUUAGUUUGUCGAAUUUCAGUGUACAUUGUCAGACAAGAUCAUUUGAUUUCAUUUACAUUAUGUAGUUAAUAAGGUGGCUUUGUUUUGAAAGGUGCCUUGAGAGCAGUGUUAAUAAGGUAUACUGUCUGUGAUCAACUAGCCUGUACCAUGCGUUCAGAUCGCUCUGACGGCGCAAAGAGAUGACUUCGCGCCUUGUAUACUAUCUGAAUGCCUGGAAGGCUGAUCAUCAGAUAAGAAAAUCGCGUUAUUGACAGUGCACUGUUUGAAACGCCUCAUAACGGCGAAAGUUCAGUAUCAAGAAAACAAUUUUCAAAGCUUUUGCAUUAAUACUUUGUUGACGUAUCUUUGCCACCCUAAUAUGAUGAAAACGAAAAUUUAUUGAUAAGUAACCGUCUCGCUUUUGAGUCACUUGAAGCUCAGAUAAACUAUUUUCAAAUUUAUUGCUCAAAUCCGUGUUAGCUGAGACUAAUGCUUGGUGUUGAUAAGCCUGCAAGAAAGCUUGGAUCACUGGCUUAUAGGAGGGUGUCAAGCAAUACUUUGGACUGAUACAUGGUAGCAGCCAACUACAGUGUGCCUGUCAAGUCUUGUUUGAUACUCGACCGACACUCAACAGAUACUUGUUCAACACUUGAGCAACACUCGAUUAACUUAGCAAACAAUAUGUUGAUUGACAGUCAACUGAGAUGUCGGCCAAUACAUUGGUCAACACAUGAUCUGAAAGCUUUACCUUCCAAGCUGAGUCCUUGAUGAACGGCUAACAAAAACAGUUCUAUUCCAGAUUACCCUCCUCCAGAAAAAUAGCUAGUCAAUAUUUGCAGGGUUUAAUUUGCAGGGGCAGGUAUAGUGUAACUGUAAAGGUUGGGGAUGGGAUAAGGGUUCGCGUUACACACUGAUAUGAACUAUAUAGAAUAAAGGGCCAUUCUGGUCCACCUUGUUGAAAGGCAUAGAAGAAUGAGUGAUUAUAGAAAGAGGCUUUUGUUGUUUAUUGGUAUGGCAAGUAGUUUAGCCUUUUGCUCACACCUGAACAGCUGCAAAUUAAUAAUACACCAUCCAGUCAAGCUAUAAGCAGGAAUAACAGUCAAUUUGCUUACGUGUCAAAACUGUUCUCUUGAUCCCCAUUCAACUUUUCCCAAAGUAGCUAUUGUUGGGGUAGGCACUCAGCAUCCAUUUUUUACCGUGAAAGAAAAUUCUGAGGAAUUUGUGGCUAUCAGACCCUUUGCAGCUUGGGAUCAUGUGACCUAUCUCAUGCCAAAAAUGGGAUAUAGUGCUGAACCUACCAGACAUUGAAAGAGCCUAAUACAUAUCCCUUUCAAGGCCCAAAAUACUUUUUAUGUUAUGUUUUCAGGGCCUAUUGAAAGUUCAGCCAGGAAUCAUCAAGCAGUCAUUCCUGCAUCCAAGAAACACAAAAACGGAAAUGGGACAUCACCAUAUGAAUCCACUGCACCAUCCAAAAGUGAACGACUGAACUCACCCAACACAAGUAAAUGGGAACCAGAUGUACGCAUGCUUUUGUCAACGUCUCAGUGGCUUAAGGUACAUAUUGCAUUGUGUAACAAGUAAUCAAGAUGAUAAAGGUGUGUUCAAAUACAUUAUAAUAGGCCCUGACAGUCUUGAGUUUCCUGCAGCCUUCAGUGAUACUUAUUAAGAUGUAUUGUCACCAGAUAUUUAGCAGUAAUAUUAUUGAAUGAGGCUGAGUAGGGUGUGAAGAAUUAUAAAUGCACAUUGAGGUACGCUGCUAGCAGGCCUAAACGAGUUGAUCGUUUGUAUACAUUGUUACAGUAACAUUAUUUUUAUACCAUGGAAUCCAUAGUGUAUUACUUGCAUCGUUCAAAUAUAGUUAGCACCAGUUGGUUGUGAAGAAUAAGCCAGGGAAUUGGAGCCAAUCGCAAACGGCAAAAUAUUUUGAAUGAUUAUUAUAAUAUACUUAUUGUUAUAUGUACCAGUACCAGUGGAAUGCUGUUUACUUUCAAAUACACAUGCGUAUGCUGCUGAGCUUUUCAUGUUGAAGGUUACAUGUAGCAUCCAGGCUGUUUUUAACAAAGGAGUCAGCCUAAAAUUUAGCAUAGUCUCUUUUAUACAUGUAUGCCUCAUACACUCAAUAAUUACUCACUUCAAUUUGGACAUAGUUCUCACUAAAAUACAGCAAGGCUAUCUUUUUCUUACAGAUACAUGGCCUUAAGAGACAUAAACUUGACAUGGGUCAGAUAUUGCCCUCCAUAGGGUUUAGACAUUCUGAUGGUAAGAUAAAAUAAUUCAACAAUAAAUAAUUAUUUUAAUGAGUAUUUCAACAAUAUUUUUUUAUGAAAGUGGAAAUUAAUGAUCCUUACAGUUGAAUAAACAACCCAAGCAGUUGAAAAGAACCUGAAAAAAUUCAUGCUUGACUGGUAUUGAACCUUGACCUUGGUGAUGACUGGACACAACGCUCUAUCCAUUAAGUUAAUCAAGCCAACUGGAGAGCAGGCCAUUGUGAGUUCCUAAUGUACCCAAUGGUGGAAAUGACAUGAAAAAAAUAUAAGCCAUUUCAUAUAUUUCCGUUCAAAUACUUUCUUUAACAAUCGUCUGUUAAGAAGCCUGUGUCAUCAAGAAUUUGGUGUGGAAUUCUGGUUGGAGUAAUUUAUAGGUACAAACUCUGUAUUUGCAUGAUUCCUUCUUUGCAGAUUAUGUUAGGCCACUGAAGAAACCAGUGCGUGCACGAUACUGCAAGGGAUUAUUCACCCAAGUUCCCUUCAGAGACGGCACUAUCUACAAUGUAAGUACACAUUAUACAUGACUUUAUAUGUACUAAGUUACUGGUCAUCAAAAUUAUGUGACUCUCAUUCACAUCAUUUAUGGCUUUUUGACAGCUUGUUGCCAGCAAGGAAAAACUCCGUAUGAUUGAAAGCCAACUCACCCAGGCCAUAUCACUUUACAAGCGGCGACUUGAGUGGCUUACUUCUGAGAGGUAAUGAGUUCUAAAAGAUUUAUAGUUAUAUACACAUGAUUGUCAAUAUUUUUGAAUUGAACUUGUGAAGCAGUCUCCUGGUCUUUGACUGAUUAAAAUCUUUUUUUCUUACAGUCGACGAGUUUUUGGAGUAAUCGAAGAGAGGUGUAUCUCCAUUGUACUGGAUGUGAACACAGAAAGUGAAUCUGAGUUCAGUACUUACCUUCAUGCACUGAUCCAAGUACUCAAGGAGCAAGUCAUGUUUAUUGCAAAGUUUAACCUCAUUAGGUAAAUUAAACACUACACGUACUAGUAGUACUGUAAUAAUGUUGUUGAAAUAACAAACUGCAUUAUGCAGUAGUCAAAAUGUGCCUGCCUUGUCAAUCAUAUUUAACAAAUCAGCUUAAUAAGCUGAACAUGAAGCCACAAAAUAUAAUAUAUAGAGGAUAUUACACGGUGGCGCGAAGAUAUGAAUUUUAUUUUCGAGUGGCAAAACAAUAUUUUACGAACGAGCGCAGCGAGUGAGUAAAAUAUUGUUUUUGCCACAAGAAAAUCAAAUUCAUAUCUUCAAGCUGCCAUGUAAUGUUAUAUAGACAAAAAGACAUCGAUAAAAUAAUAGAUUUUUAUUCACCAAUACAAAAAGUAAUUGUGACAGCUCAAAUUUACAGCACAGCAAUAUAAGACAUUGUUUACAAUAAUCUUGAGAAAUAACAGUGAGCUGAAUAGGGCUCUACAAUGACAAAAUAUAAGUAAAGCUUUGAAAAAUGUGUAAUUAAAAUUCACAGGACGCAAGACGCCUACAAAUUUUGGAGGGAAGUUACCAAAAUUACGUCAUCGAUAAACUCACGUGUGAGAUUAUGAAAAAUAAACCACUCGGGUCCCGGAUGUAGUUUUUAUGAAUUUUACGAGUGGUAUAUUUUCCAGUAAAACACUCGUGUGUAUAUAAUAAAUAAAUGUAACGUGAUCAAAUGAAUUAUAAAUAAUAGAUGUGCCAUGGAUGCCCAAUACUGGCAGGAUCAUGCUGUGAAUGUGACUCUAGACAGUAUGGAGGGUGCCCUUAACUGGAUCUGGGACCUGAAGAAAAUAGUUCCACGUUCCGCGACAGCUACUGUGGAAGGGAUAAUCAAGGCACUUGCUGAUCAACAUGUAAGUAUUAUAAUCCUCCCCUCCUUACCUUUGGUAAGUGUAUUGUAAGUAUGUUAAGGACUUCCACUGGUUAGUAGUGUGAUGGUGUCCCGGUGAGUACACUUACAGGGUUGUCAUGGUCAUGCCCUGCACACAACUCUAUGUAGUUGUUAGAGGAAUGUCCAUUUUCUAUCACACACCUCUCAUCUCUGUUUCUUAGAUUGAAGCUGUAUACCUGUUUACUGAGGGAAGUGCUUCAGAUGGAUCUCAAGAAAUGCUCAAGAGGAAGGUGUGUUCUUACUUUAACCCAAUUUUGUAACAUUUUAAAACUAUUUGAUCAACACCUUUUUUUCCUCACAGAUACAAGGAUCCCGUGUACCAAUUCACGUAGUGUCACUGAACUGCAAUAAUCCAGCAACCAUGACUUUCCUGAAGGAUAUAUCAAGGAUAACUAAAGGGAGGUAGGUUACCAACAAAGGUGCUGCCACCAGAUGUAAUCGCUGAUGUGUUCAGCUCUUUGUAUCAAAUGCCAUCAAUCUACUGUAUCCUCAAAGUUAGCUUAACUAGUUAAUUCUUUCUAAAGCCUUCACAAACUGGUUUGGGCAAAGCACAACGAGGAUAUAUAACUGGCUUUCUACACUAGCAAACUAUUUUCCCAAGGAGACUGAAGACACUAACAAGCAGUCCAUCAGUUCCUGUUUACUUACAGUUGUUGUAGAGUUGAAAUGUCGUCGAGACCAUUGUAGUUUAUUUAGACAAACAGGUCGUCUUGUGCACAUCAUAUCACUUCCUUCAUUCCUUUUACUUAGUUGACAUAUAUCUUUCGAGGAAAACCCAUUUAUUAUCAGUACGACACUAUAACCAAGAAAGCGAAAGUACACAGAAAAUUGACCAGAACUCAGCUCGAAAUUACGACUGAUACGGUCGCCAAUGCGACUAACGUUUUCUCCUUGGGGACUAAAAAUUCUGGUUCAGUCGCCACUUUGGCAACCAGAUUUCUCUAUGAUUUAGAUUUAAAUUAAAAGAGUAGAGUUAAAACAAACAUUUCAUCCUAUCUUGCUUUGCUUUCGUUAUAAAAAGUGUGCCAAUUCGCAUAAACAAAGCCAGUUUAAUUUUGAGCCCUGCGCGUGCUUGCUGUCCACGAUUACAGGAGAAUUAUCCCCAAUAUCUCACUACUACAGCUACUGUGUUGCAUAUCCUGAGACAACAGCCAACAUUACCUAACAGCACCUUUGGUUUCCCCCAAAAAUGAUGUCUGAGGAACGAGCCCAGAACUUGUCACUAUCCUCAUCUGGGUAGUAACAUGCCGUCAUUAUAUAAUAUCUGUGUUAAUUCCUCAGACGUCAUUUCGCAGGGAAAACAGUGGUAACGUAGCAAAAUGUCGGCUUUUUUCUCAGGCUACAGCUAACAUUAAAUCAUUGAAAUUCCUGAACUGAAUGAAUCUCUGUCCAAUUCCAGAUUCCACGCUUAUUCCGUUCCAACUGAAUAUGAAGACAGUUUUGAUAGCUUCACCCAAUCCAUGGACGUUGAUAGCGCUAAUCAGCCCACUGGGCGUGGCAGGGGUGAUGGGAUGCCCUCGUUACGCCUUGGUGUGGGUGUAAGAGAAGAGGUGAUCACUUUAUGGGACGAACUGGAUGAAGCAAGAAACACACUAGCUGAAAUUCAAGCUCUGUUGUGUGAAAUAAAAGAUCCCAGAGAAACCCCAAGUAAGAUUUGUUCAUGUUGGUACGUUUUAUGUUGGGGGAGUUACAAGAUAAGUGGAAUUUAUUUUUAUAUGGCAUGAAAUUUCUAGGGAUGUAAUUUUCCGAAAUUUAGCAGGUUUUCAGCUAUUCACAAGAAUUAGGUGUCGUGCAAUUUAAACUCUCGAUUUCCCAAAAGUCCGCAAACAUUUACUUCGUUUCUACAUUGCUCACUGAUAAUAAUAAUAAUCAGUUUAUUAAACCCUUUUGGUAGUGUAGAACACUAAAUUACAAGGGAGGUCAAGAAUACGCAGAACGCAUAAUUACACAUGGCACAGAAGACAAAAACAAUUAAAUCCUAUUGUAACUGUGGGUAACAAAAUUACUAAGGCGGUCAGUUCUGACAAAGCGGAAUUCUGAACGAGAAAAACCCGACCUCAACCCGUACCCAUGAUCAAUGUAACUGAGCCCAAAAUACAAAACUUGCGAUCUUUUACUUAUAAUUUAUAACGUAACUAAGGGUUGGUAAAUUUGAUGGCAAGUAAAAUGGCUUGCUCCGCUUGUGGACUGCGAGGACGAUAUAGACUGACGAAGAAUACAAGUUAAAAGAAAACUCCCUCAAUGUUUUAUUCAAGUAUGGUGCCUAAAAUAUUGGAUAGGAAUUAACCGUAACCGCUAAACCGUAAGUGAAAAAUGUAUUCCCUUCAUUGUAACCUAAAACUGAAUUUAACAAUAAUUUUUUUUGUGCAAAACGCAAAGAUUUGCCAAUUGAGUUCCCGGUAAAAAUUCCUGGAUCAGUAAAUACCAGUAGGUUAUUGUGGCAAUAUGUAAUUGUUGCUGUUUGAUGUUGUUUCCAUGCCACUACCCGCAGUAAACCUGUGCAUUAGUAAGACUGUGUGGAUUAAAGUUUCAUGCUCAAAGGAAACGUCGCCGCAGUAUAUUUCCUCCUUCAGCCAACUUUCAGAUUGAAAUCUGAUGCAUGAAUCUACCACUAAGGCAGUAUAUCCCUCCAACAUUCUCUUUAGCAUAAACUGUUGAACAAGUAGGAAAAAAUUGUGCAUCUAGUUGCUUUGUUGUGAUUAGAAAUGAGGUAAUUUUCUAAUUAUAAUUAUGUGUCUGGUAUUACAGUAUCUACUUCUCCAAGCACCGUCCCAGAGCAAGGUCAUAUAAGGGGGAGCGGCUCAGGAAACACAAGAGGCAGAAGUGAGAUGUACAUGAGUUCAAGAGACUGGCUUAGGGUAUGACCGUACUAAAGCACCAUAGAUUCAGCGAUUAAGUUUUUUUACGCAUUCUGGCCCAAGAGUUUUAUUGAAGAUUGAAGUUACCUUCUUCCAGGAAGUUUUCUAGUAUUCUUUGAUUUGGUUUGAUAAUGAUCUGGUAUUUGUCUGUAGCAAGAAAUUUUAGUACUAUAUCCUCACUGUCUACCACUUAACACAUCGCGAAACUAAGUUAUGGGAGAGAGAUCCGCUCCUUGCCAUUCCCUGAGGCAGCCUGCCAUAACCUAGGUCUCCGACCCUCCCCCCAAAACACAUCGACCUUAUAAUUUCAAUACCCAACACUCAACACCCAAUACUCCAUAACUCAAUAAAGAUUUAUUAACUGACAACAAACUAAUAACCACCGGAGAGUACUGGGAUGAAAGUCCCUUAGUCAUGAAAGAUGUAUUAAUUCAACUAUACGAAAUUCUCUGCAAAUUUCCUUGGUGGGAAAGUUGCAGGGCGGGCGGAGAGCUCGUAGAAGUAAGAUUGAGCGUAACCCGUUCUAACAACUGCAACGAAGCAGAAGCACUGGAGCGGCGCGUGUAAUACAAAGCCAUUUCUGUGCUCCGCCAACCCACGUACUGAGCAAUCUGCUCCGGAGUACAUCCCAAACCCUUGAGGGUGUAUGAAAUUCCUACACGAAAGCUGUGAGGGGUCUCUCCGUCAUUAAUGUUGGCAGCCUUAAGAUACUUUUGGAGCCGUGCAGAUACGGCUGACCCUCCGAACGGACGAUGUGACACAAACUUUUUAUGCUCCGAAGACCUAAAGAGGUACUCACCAUGAAGAGGGACACCUAAUGCCCCACACGCGGCAAUAUAAUAGUUCAACCAAAAAACCGGGCAGACAGGUACAUUUGGAAUACGUAACAGAGCAAAAGGGCGAAACUGACCUGCACGCCUUGUUUUACUAAACGUAAAGUUGAGAAGGAACCCCUCCCUAUCCUUAAGGCGAAAAAGCUGAUCUGCCUUCAAACGGCCCAAAUCGGAUGCUCUAUCACCAGUGUAAAAGUCAAUAACAAAGAAUGUUAUAUCCCUGACCAGGAGGUAUCUAUUGAGAGGAGAAAGCGCAGAGCCUUCGGCAAUAAGCCCGCGAAGAUAGGCAAUUAAACGGGUGAAUUUGUCAUAGAACAAAGGGACAGCCUGACGAGGGGGCAAAGGUUGCUGGGCUUGCUCCUCUCUUACAAACUUAAGAUAUUCCUUAACACAAGGAUGUGCCAACGGGUUAGAAAACCCUGUACGGCCUAACCUAUUGAAAAUCGCUCUAAGUUUCCCUAUAUAUGAAUCGACAGUUCCGGCCGCUAGACGCUUAGGGCAACUACAGGUCUUACUAGAGCAAGAGCGCACAUGGAGUUUCUGUUUUCCCGCAGCAUCCUUGCUAAUCAAAAACUUUACGAUGUCUUCCGCGGUUGCAGCAGAAACUUUCUUCGGGGGAACAAGAGAGCACAAGAAACUCGACAGCUGAACUUCUAAAGAGUCCUUUUGCCGUUCAUAAGGUUUGUUCCUAUACGAUUCUUGGAACUCUGUAAAGCGCUUGUUGAUCAAAGGCAUGUCCGCAUGUGGACGGGUCCCUUGCGGUGGCUCACGCGACAGGGGUGUACCGCAGGCCUGGCAAAAGUUCGCGUCACUGUCGUUUGGAUAAGAGCAGGCGGGACAUCGGCAGGCAGGCUUCCAUGGGCGUUCGAUCUAUAGAGACAAGCAUAAAUACCUAGCUUACCAGGAGCAGACACAACGAAAAACCCACAGAUCCCAAGGCAAGGGCCUUGCAAUGAAAUCGGGGGAGGUGCGGGAAGGGAAAAGCAACAUGGCCGGGUCACCUUUCCGCCCAAGAAGAAAAGAAUCUACUGCCAUUGCUUGGAGUAUUGCCCACCAAUAGCGAUGCGGGCGGAAACGAGGGACAACGAUGGUAAAAGCGAAACGCUGGCGCUGAUCAAAAAAGUACCGCAGCAACGGUCCCACGAGAACGAAAGGGGGAAAGACAUAGACGUUAUGUUCGAUUGGUAUCGGUUGUGCGAAAACAUUAACGCCCAGAGAACACGGAGUCGGCCAAGACGAGUAAUGAGGCAAAAAGCUCCCAUCCCUUCCUCUGCGACAGUUGCUGUCCAAAGACAUCAAGUCAAAUGUGUGUGGUCCAAACCGCGCUUGAACUCGGGCCCACGCCUCCUCGGACAAAGAACAAUCAAUGUCAGUCAGAGCACGGGAGGGCGCGUCAGCAAUGUUUUCACUCGAUGGGACAUAUUUCAAAUGCAAAACAAAGUUUCCUGCUCGAGACAUUUCUUCUAUUUUUUUUCAACUCCUGAUUCACCAGAGAACUCCUACAACCGCCAUUUUCCCAGGCUGCUCGGAGAGUCGCGUUGUCCGUCCACACAUCGAUUCUUGCGUUUCUGAUAGAAGGGAAAAAAGAGCUCAAAGCGUUACACAAAGCCCUGGCCUCAAGGGUAUUGAUAUCACCUUCAAGGUCGAUCCAAUAAUCUCGUAUUUGCUGGCGUAGGCCAUCUUUAACCAAGACUGCUCCCCAGGCCCUCUGGGAGGCGUCACUGAACAUUGUGACAGAGAGAUGAUGUUCCGACCGCCAAGGUAAGUGACCAGACCAAUUGUCCAAGAAAAUCCAUUCCUGAAGUUCCUGUCGCAAAGGUCCCAGGAUUGGAACAGAGAGCUUCGAAUUCUUGGCAACAGCGCUGAUAGCCUUGAAUACCUCCCGCACAUACAGCUUACAAGCCGGGAUUGCGAGACUAAACGAUAACGCCUUUCCCGCGAAACGCUGCAAGCUCUUUACGGGCGCAAAAGAUGAUUCCAGGAGUUCGUCACACAACGCUUUAAAUUUCUCCUUUUUAUCCAGUGGGACUAAAAAGCUUGCAAGACAGAAUCGGAGAUGAAACCCAGGAAUUUAACAAAAGUGGAUGGCUGUGGAGAGCUCUUUGCAAGGUUAACAAAAUACCCCGCUGAGAUCAAAAGGAAUAACAAAAUAAAGGCUGCUGCUCGUGCGAGUUGGCGACUAGGCUGGCAAACCAGUGGACCGGAUAGGAAUAACUGGCCCACAUGCCUGUCAUCAAUAUACUGCGAAACAGGUACGCCCAAAGACCGCGCGGCACUGGUGACGACAAGGCCAACGUUAUGAUAUAAAAAGGCACUUGCUUUCCACCCGAAAGGUAAGGUGCAGAAAGAAAAAUAAUAGCCCCUCCAGGAAAAACUGAAGAAUUCCUGGGAGUCCGGGUGAAUCUUGAGGUGUUGGUAUCCAUUCUUAUCAUCAAAUGUUGUCUGGAAAUGCCCUGGGAGGACAUAACGAGGCAGGUCUGGGAGGUGGUCUAACUUGAAAGGGAGAUCUUGAAUCCAUAAAUUAAGAAAGCGCUCGUCGUGGCAUAAACGCGGCUUAGAUGGUUCGACUGUCAAGGGGAGGACUAAAUGAGGAGGAGAGCAUUCGCCAAUCUUGCCGUAGACUUUGAUAACACCCUGAGAGACCCAGGCUAAGACUGUAGUGUCAAUGAAAUCGGUAAAUUGAUGGCAACAAGGAGAGUUCGGGAAAAUAGAAAUCGGCGGUACAGCGGAAUCAUAACUUUUCCCUUUGAAGUUGCCCUUGAAAUGACGGAAGAAACUAUCGACCCUCACUCCCUCUCGGAUUAUCUGUAGCAAAUCAACUUGAGGACAAGUGUAACCGGCUGAAGAAAAGAGAUCCUCCCAGAAGUCAACAUGAUUAUGUAAGCUGCCCGCUUGGGAAUAAUCUGGGUGUCUAAAACGCAAUUGGGCCAGGUCUGCAAGGGAUGGAUCUUUACUAACAAGCUCCGCCGGUACGGUGGGGCCAACGAAGGAUAAGGGUUCCCCGUUUAUGUCACACCAUUUGACGUCACGGCUCGGGAGCGCAAGGAUUGCCCGUAGUGCAACCGCGAAAUCCUGGGAAAACGGAGAACGAAAAUACAAAAAUAAGAAGAGGAAGAAAAGAAGGUGGGAUCCCCUAUCCUUCGCUGACCCCAGCUCUGAUCAUAGACCAGAAUAAAGGCGCUGAGAAGGCCCCCCAGGGUCAACGAAGAAAUGAGGCGAAAACUAGGACGCUAAUAACUAGGGGAAAAAAUCUUUAUUCCAGCCAAUAAACAAGGAUAAUAUAGGAAAAAAACAUAUCCCAUACCCUUACAAUAUUUACAUGAUGCUAACGCCUAGAAUUUCCGCGGCCGCGUCCGCGGCCACAAUCUCUGGGGAAAUGCCCUGGUAGACCACAUCUGUAACAAUUAACCGAACUGUAGACAUAAGGGCGUUGGCGCCUAAACUGGCGAGUACUAUUACGACCUUGAAACCCAGGCUCUUCACGCUGGAUAGUCUUGAGAAGCGCAGAGGACUCCUUUGCAACCUUGGCUCUAACCGGAUCGCCUAAGAGGCCCAUGAGCAGCCGUUUAUGGGCAGAGGGGGAGAGGGCAUUAGAUCUUCCUUUUAAUUCAUCCAAAAUGGCCGCGUAAUAGUCUGCCUUUUCGUGGGCGGACGACCUGGCUGCCCGUACCAGGGCCUCGACGUGAGCAGAAGCCUCCCAAGGGUCAUAAACAGCUUCCGGCUUCUGAAGAGCGUUGCGAACAGAGGUAAGAGCAGUGGUGACCACGUCAACGCCCUGCUUCUCCUCCAAAGCUUUCAAUUUGUCUUCAAGAAGCUUAAUUCGAUCGUCCGCCUAAGAGUGACGCAAAAUAUGAAGUAUAUAUUAACGUCUGUAAAACAUUUAUAUGUUAUUAAUUUCGGUCCCAAGGCAGAACCGAAAGAUCCCGAAACGAGGAUAUGCUAGAUCCAAAAUGGACGGUUAGGCCGUAUAACAAUAAUCAUUGGCAAAUAAAACCGGCUGCCAGAGCGAAACGGUCCCGGACCGCAUAUAUGACCAAUACAGGCGCCGGAGCCGAGCGGACCUAGCCCGCAAACACAAUAAACAUGUCACCCCAAACAAAACGGCUCCGGAGCCGGGCGGUCCCGGACCGCAUACACAACAAUAUCUCACUCCAAACAAAAGAAAAAGAACCGGCUCCCUGAGCCGACCAACAAAAAUUCUUUCUAAAUAAAGAACAGGUUCCCAGAGCCAAACAUUCCCGGACCGCAUACACUAAAUACGUGGUUUUAAACAAAACCCGGCUCCCGGAGCCGAACGGUCCCGGACCGUAUAUAAAACAAUUCGUUCCGAAACGAAAGCCGGCUCCAGAGCCGAGCGGUCCCGGACCGCAUACACUAAAUACUUGGUUUUGAACAAAACCCGGCUCCCGGAGCUAAACGGUCCCGGACCGCACACACCAAAUACUUGGUUUAAACAAAAACCCGGCUCCCGGAGCUAAACGGUCCCGGACCGCAUACACCAAAUACUUGGUUUAAACAAAAACCCGGCUCCCGGAGCUAAACGGUCCCGGACCGCACACACCAAAUACUUGGUUUAAACAAAAACCCGGCUCCCGGAGCCGAACGGUCCCGGACCGUAUAUAAAGCAAUUCGUUCCGAAACGAAAGCCGGCCCCAGAGCCGAGCGGUCCCGGACAGCAAACGCAAUAACUCGUGUCUUGGACAAAACCGAACAUACAAAACAAAAAUAUUUCGUCCCAAACAAAAAAUCGGCUCCCGGAGCCAAAUGAGACACAAACAAGCCGAAACAAAAGGACCGAGUAAAAUGAAAUACAUAUACGAACAACGCUAACAAAAGCGAAGAGAAAAACAAAAAUAUGCCCUAGAGACACGUGGAACGUUAAAUAUGCUAAACAAAGUACUAGAAACGUUGGAGAAAAACACGAAAUGCGCACAAACGGGCAGAUAAAGCUAAAAGCGAACGAAAAGCACCAGAACUAGAAAUUACCUGAUUAGCAGCCGCGGGUUGCGCCGCCGGUUCUGCGAGAACUUCUGCGAGAGGUCCUGCAGGAGGUUCUGCUGGAUGUUCUGGGUUAGCAGGCGGUUCUGCCGCCACCGGAGGUAAAGGCGGUAAUUCUCCCGCUGGUUCCGCCAUGUAGUCGAAGAAAAGACGGUUUGAUGCUAGCGGAAAGUACAAGGAAACGAAGGCGGGCUGGUGUUGGUUGACAAACCGAUACAAGCGAACCUCGAUAAGUCGUCUCGGCGGUCGGCGCUGUGACACAGUGAAAUCAAAGCCACGUGGUGUAUCCUAUUUAUCAGGGGAGCCCGCAGUGCAUUGAUGCGUCCCAAAGGACGGUGGAGUAUUUUACCGGUCGUUUGGCGAUGCGUUAAUUAAUUAUUCAGUGAGAAUAGUGUAUUGUUAGAAACCGAAAAGCAAGAGAAUGUGCUAAAAUUUAUUUAUAGACUUAUUUAUUCAUUUAUCUAAGCGGUAGGAUUAGAACCACGGCAGGAUUAGCUCAGUCGGUAGAGUACGGUGUUUGACUGCAGAGCGGAAGUUCGUCGGUUCGGUUCCCGGGGCCGGACCAAUACUCAGGCUCUUAAUUUAGAAGUGAAGCUACUUCCUCUGCCUUUCUCAAGCUCAUUAAUAAUUCAUAAACAAAAUACAAAGGAAAUUAAUGUUUAAUCAAUGAGUGUUUGGAAAUCAGAUAAAAAACUGUUCAUUUUUGCAUCCUUAGUUUCUCCUUCUAAAAUCAUUUUGUUCGAGAAGUAGUAUGAAGCAUUCGACACCUCGAAGUUCGUCAAAAAUACUCCGCUGCGCGCCGUAUCUUCAACUCUGCGUCUCAUGCCUGAUAUAUUGCCUCAAUUCGCAAGACCUUCGCGUGACUCGGUUGACCACUCAAAAUGGUAGUCCCGUUUCCAUGCAGAAUGAGACGUAAAAUUAUUUUCCUCCAUUAGUACUUUAGUGUUACAUGUAAAUACCUUGACACUCAAAUAAAGUGCAUUGUUUUUACUUGCGUGUAGUUUUUUUAGUUAUAUCGUUUUUGGCCUUUUAAAAACAACAUGAUGAUUCCCUCCUUUCUUCACAGAGACAUGGCUUGAAGGCAAAAAAGCUGGGCUUUUAUGAUUUGCUACAGACACUGGCUUUUAAACACUGCGAUGGAGUUGUAGACAUUCAGGUUGCUCCCACUACAGACAGCACUGAUGCGGUGGGUAUACGUUAAAAGCUUGCCUCGCAACAGAUUAUAAGCGUUCCUAACCCUAAACUGUUGAUUUGAACAGAGCAUAUUUGUUUCUUGUAACGAACAUACAAUGACCCUAUGAAUCGAAGUGAAUCGUUUAGUCGUACUAAUCAAUUUUUCUGCUGGCUGAAUGACCACUGCUGUAGUUCGUGUUCGUGUUCUUGUGGAGUUUGUGUUGUAGGCUUAUUGGAGGCACAUCGUGCGUUAGGGUUCCUUCCCUUUUUUACGACAAACCGAGCGUUCCGAACGUUUGUCAUCUUCAUCCUGAAUAGAGGGUCCACAGUGGUUUUUUCGGGAUCCUGGAUUUCCCUUAAUUGAAGCUCGGGAUUCGGGAUUUUGAAGCAAAAUGGGGGCACGAUUCGAGAUUAAAAAGUAUGCGCGCUAAGAUUGUGUUGAAUUCCUCCCCCAAAGUAGCGGGCAAAUCCCCGAACCCGUCAAGAAAUUUGCAUCAUCCAAAUUCCACACUUUAUUUUGGUCAAAUCCAGGAACCCGCGAGAAUAGAGCCUUGAGUUUGGUAUAGCCUGGGAACAAGCGGCGCAUGUGGUGGGUGUCAUGAAAAAUCACACCCAAGGGGCACGCGGAAGGAGACUGCGGGUAGCUUCCUUCGAAUACGGGGGAGGGGGAGGGGGGAAAGCUUACUCGCAGGCUAAGUUUGGUAAAGUUAUGCUGUCUGAAAUUUAGGAAAACAGGCCAAAACUGUAGCUAGUAAAAACGAACGAACGAACGAACGAACGAACGAACGAAAGAACGAACGAACGAACGAACGAACGAACGAACGAACGAACGAACGAACGAACGAACGAACGAACGAACGAACGAACGAACGAGUGAGUGAGUGAGAAAGAUAAAUGGGUGAAGGAAGGAAGGGAUGUACAUGUACAUUGAAAUUUCGCCUUUUAUUUCUAUCCUCACAGAUUGUGCGCCCAAAACUUGUCAAUGCCCGGUACUGUGAUAAGUUUGCGCACGUGCGGUGGAAAGAUGGUACAAUCAUGCAUGUUCAUGUUAGUGGACCGAUUCACAGGAAUUACGAACAGAGAAUAUUGUCAGCUUUAGACUCGUACAAGAAAAGGUAAGAAAUAAUGAAUAGAUUAGACUGCUGUAUAAUUUGCCUUUAUUAACAAGGCUGUCCCUGUCUGUCAUGUUUCAAGUUGACAGGUACACUCAAUUAGUGGGCGGGAGAACGGAACAGCUAGGAAUUUCUUUUUGUGCUAUUUUCUUUUUGUUCUUUUUGUUCGAAAGUGAUUCUGCGGUGUUGUUAAAUCCUCUUAAGGAAAUUAAAUUUUAGUCAUUGAUAGAAUUAAGGGAGUCGUUGAAAUAACUUCAAUAUUUAUAACAAUAAAUUACAAGAACAAUUCCAGCAGUUAAAUCAAGUUUACUUUAAUUUUUCGUUGAAAUAACUUCUCAAAAAAAUAAUUCUCCCCACAGAAUUAACAGCCCUUACAAUAAGCAGUAGUUAAGGAGUGAUCCUUGAAUUUUCUUUUCAGAAUGGAAUGGUUACAGCAAGGAAGCAGAGAGCUGUUUGGUACAAUUAUUGAAGACCAGGUCUGUUAUUAAAGUGUGACAAACGCAAGUCAAAAUAAAGUUCCCCGUCUAUUGUCAAUCUAAAUGUGAACAAGACUAACAAAGUCCUCCGGUAGUGUUUGGCAGUUAAUUUUUCAGUCGUUCAGUACUGUUAUAAGAUCGGUGGUUAGUUUUAAGAAGAGGUUAGUUGCCAAAAAAAUUUAGGGACGAAUUUCACCUAGUUUGCUGCGCAACUUCGUAAUAGCCACUAAAAAAGCUCGCUCGAUAAUAUCCCCAAUAAUGCGGAGCGGCCGAGUCUCACUAGCGCCUUCAAAAUGGCCAAUAGAACCACUCGGUUUCGACUUGAUAGAGAGCUUCAGAUUCGAGGACUAGGAGGACUACGAGUACGAGAUUUUCUCAAUACAGAGUAUUGCUCACGCCUGAACCAGCGUCAUUUUGGCGGGAAAGCGUGAUAGCCGUCUUCAUUCUACGACGGGUUUUAGCGAGAAUGUCGUAGUGGCGGGAACAAGUUACCAAAUGUAAGACGUUUUAUCAUUCUGCUAUCGGGAGAGGGCUUAACCUCCUUCAGUAUAAAUAACCGUACUAACUUUUUUGGGGACAAAAAGUAAAAUGUACAUGUAGCUUUCAGGGAAGUCAUUUUGUUUUAGAAAACGCGCAAAACCUCUAAGUUAAAUCUCGUUCUCGUCCUCGUCCUCAAGUCUAAAGCUCUCUAAUUUACCCUCGCUAAACCAAACAAACUUUCCACUCCCUUCGAACUUCAUUACAGCUGGGUUGCACAUGAAGGCUCUUUCCCAAAACUAGCCAACAUUUUGGGCAUUGUCUUGUAGGGUUACUUACGAUUAGUGUCACGUACGAACACUGAGUCGUUCUUCUAUUUGCUUCUUGCAGGUGGCUGUUUUGAUCGACACUUCAGCUUCUAUGGCUUCAAGAUUGUUUCUUGUGAAGGAUAAACUCUACAGACUCAUGCAGGUACACACGAGUCAUUUCACAGCGAUUCACUUUGUCGCUGUUUUGGAAAUAUAGUCGAUUGUCUGUUAACGGUUAUCUCUAUAAGACGGUCACCUCCUUACCAGUGACAUUUGUAGUUUGUCCUUGCCGUUCUUAAGUCAUUUUAACUUGACUGAGUCUCCACAAGGAGAACGCAUCUUUAAGGCGGACACUUGAUGCCUGUUCCAAUCGUGUCCUCCAUUUAGAAAACAGACCAUUUACAAGUUCCAAAAACCCUCACUUUCAAAGCGAGGCUAAGCAUUGUUUUAAACCAGACGCUUGGGGCAACUCAGAAAUGGCCUAUUGACUGUAUUCACGUUUUAACUCUGCAGGGCUUCAUAACAUCUGAUCUCUAAUUUGUAAUGCUUGCGAUGCUUAGGAGCAGAGUUAGAAGAUACCGGUCAAAUUCCUGCCUUUUUGUGGCCAGUGUAUUGACGUGUCUGUAUUUAAACGUGUGUUAUAUUCUCUUGAGUUUCUUCUAAAAAUUUUAUUAUAAGAAACGCAAACAAACUAUUUAAAUUUUAACCAUAUAUUUACAGGAAACGCUUAUAAUGUAUCUCCAGGAAAGACAUAGUUGUAUCUCUCUACUCCCUUCUCAUGUUUAGUCAGUUUGCUCUCUGUUUACGUCUCUUGCAUUCCGCAUUCGUUGUAGGAACAAUUACGACACAAGUUGAAGUUUAACCUUGUGAAGUUUGAUACUAGAGUACAGGCCUGGAGAGACCGACUAGUGGACUGCAAUACACAUGUACGUAUAGAAACUUCCAAAAAUGACAAACAUCUAUUUUCUCCCUAACAAUAUCAAUACACAAUCAAGAGAAAAGGUUGUGAGAAUUAAUGAAAUAAUCACCUGAGAGAAAAUGCUUUUAUCUUCUACCAAGUUCUCUCAACUUAUUCUUUAUGGAAAUGUAUAGAGACCAGUCUGGAGAAUUUGUAUUUGGAUACCGGGGCUUAAAGGGUUAAAAGGUGUCAAUAUUGUACAGCUGAACCUCGCUUUACGGGCAUCCGCUUAAUAUGCACACCUCGUUAUUACGGACAGUUCUCUUUGGCCUUGGGCUAAGCCCUUACAUUUUCUCUAAAUUGAACCCGCUUAAUACGAACCCCCGUUAAUAUGGACGGCGGACAUUUGUCUCUUGCACAAUCACGAGCCGAGAUUCAACCAAUAGAAAGUCAACCUUGCUAAUGCGGGCACUUCAUUGUCAGCUGGGUUCUGUAACAAACAACGUUUGACUGUAUCUGGGCUUAAGUACUAAUUCAGGACACUGAUAAAAAGCAGGCUCCCGUUGUUCAAAAGGUAGAUUAUAGCGCUAUUCAGCGGAUAAAUCACUAUCGAGUAGAUAGGUAUAGUGAUUUAUCUGGCCCCACUUGUUCAAAAAAGGUGGAUGGCGCUGUCCAACGGACAGAUAGCGCAAUUGGUUUUCCUAAUAUUUAUCCACUUGAUAGUGAUUUACUGCUAUCCAGCUUUUGAAUAACUGGGGCCUGCUAGAUAGCGUUAUGGGCCGGGAUUACAUCGAAAUAAGUGGAUAUGUUGUAGGUAAAAUCCAUUCACAGAUUAAACCAGUAGUCAGCCUAGUUUGGUUCACGAUUUUCGUUUGUUUUCUAGCUUUAAUUAAUCAAAGGAGCCUACAAAGAAAAUUCUGGUUCAAACUGAGAAUUGAUUUUAUCUACUGCAGAUAUAUCAUUAGAAGUGGAGCUCAACAAACUUUAUUCCUGUUUAGAACUAACCAAUCAGAGAAUGGCAACCUUCGCGCGUUUUGAUCGGCCACCGUCCGUAACUCGGAAUAUCCUUGGAUAUUUAUUUCCUCUUCUCCCCUCGGAGGAUAGUUGUGUAAUAUCCUUGGGUAACCAGUGAAGUAGAGAACUGGGUGUCUGUCUCAGUGUAGUCUCACUGGGUGACGGGCUGGGCAGUAAUCACGAGCCACAGCACUGGUUUAAACACCGUAAUUUAGUACUGACGUUUAUCUUUCAGAACCUUGAUAACGCGUGGCAGUGGGUAAAGGGACUCAGUACUGGAGGCUCUACAAACACUCUGGCGUCACUUAAACUCGCCCUUGCAGAUCCACAGUGUCACGCAAUCUAUCUUCUCACAGACGGACGGCCUGACCAGGUACGCUACUGCUUUGUCUAGCUCUGAUGUAUUAGGGACCUUACGAAACUACGACGGCCACGGCAACGGGAACGUCAAAAAAGCAAUAAGUUCAAUGAGCAAAACAAAAACUCAAUCAACCUUUUUUCAGUGCUCAACUUAGUACAUACAGAAAAGUAAUUCAAGGUGGACAAUCAGUAAAAAACGAGACCACAACAACUUAGAAUUAUCAAAUGCUAGUGGCGCUAACUCUGCAUGUCCUUCAAGCUUUUUUGUAAAUUCAUUUGCCGUGCCGCACAACUUUGACGUAAAAUGGCAAAUUUCCUAAGUUUUCUUUAGGGGAACUGCAUGGCGAUAAAUUCAACCAUCUCUGUCUGAACUCGGGCGCGGUCCCCUCUCUUCAGCUUUAACCUAAAUUCCCUUCUUUUAAGUAACAGGGCGACUUGGGAUAAUCGCGAAAUGGUUUGAAAGGAUGCGAAAUAUAUUUUUCGGCGACGUUUUCACGGACGUCUCUGUUGUCUGAUCAUAUUAGGUCCCUAUUACAACAAACAAUAUAAAUUUUUACACCUUUCACUUUUCCCUUUCAGCCUCCAUCAUCCAUACUGGCUCAAGUCCAGCUUUUGAACCCAGUCCCCAUUCAUACCAUCUCUUUCAACUGUGCUGACACAGAGGCUAACCAGUUUCUCUGUCAACUAGCAGCUGAAACUGGCGGCAGGUAAAUAACUUUUUUUAUUAUUGAUGAACUCAUGCUGGUCAGUUUGAGAUAGCGUUUGUUAUUGGGUCGGUGUAGCGUCGUGGCUCCUAUUAUUAGCCAUUUUCAAGUUUGCGUGAGAUACUGGGUGAAAAUCAACCUCGUCUCCAGGGUUUUCCCUCAGAAAAUGGGUGGGGAGAAGCCCUGGGGAAGAGGUUGGGUCAAAGUUCUUCCUCCAAAACACAUUCCCAUAGUGCAACUCGACAUGACAUCGAACAACUUUUGCAAACAACUUCAAAAUGGCCUGUGCAUGUGGUAAUCAAUUUUGUGAGGUCUUGACGAGUUUUGUCAGUUGUGUCAAACAUCCAAUAAAAGAUCUUAGAGCCUGUUCACUGAAGACUAGCCUGGACUGGGGCUGAAUAACAUUUGUGCACGCUCCAAUGAGAUUAAAAUGGAUUUAUACCUCGGUUUUCGUAACCCUAAAUUUCUUUGUUUCCAAACCCGCAGGUUUCAUUAUUUCUCUGAAGAUGGAUAUGACGUGGAUGGUCCCAGGCCGUUUGAGGUGACUGUUUUUGUCAUAGUUAUACUCAAACCUCUCCCUGCUCACUUUUCUCUCUUUCCUCCGCGUGUCGCUUUUUCUCUCAAUCGCGUGUGGCGAUCUUCCCGCGCGCUCACGUAGUUCACUCGCUUUAUUAGGCUGAUUUAGCAGUGGAACGGAAACGUCAGUUGACGACGGCGAGCGCAAAUUAAACAACUGGCUUGACCAAUGACAGAGCGUAAAUUGGGCACCGGAAGUCGUGUUUAGUCCUUUCCGCGCGCUUUCCCGUCGUCAACUGUCUUUCCUGUCCUGUUGCUAAAUCAGCCUAUUAUCCCUGGAGACAAAAACCACUUUAUUUGAGUGUUAAUGUAUUUUGCACACAAAUACUCAUUGAGGAGACUAUUUUUACGUCUCCUACUGGAGACGUGACUUCUCUUUUAAGUGGUCACAUGUUGCUAAGGUCGAGCCGUUUUCAAAGCAAAGGUAGUAUCCUCAUUUCUCAGUUAUUUCAAGACCCUGCGUGUUAUUCCGGCCCCGAAUAUGGAAUCCGCGUCCUCUUGUUAUGCGGUCAAGUGCUAUAUCGACUGAGAUGAAGUCCUGCCACGGUUAAAGAAGGAUGAAAAUAAACAACCAUUCCCAGUGCGCUUCUCGCCAUCAAACAAAGGAAAGGCGUUCCGAGCACUUCUUGAAAGCUUUAUUCCUUAAACUGGUACUAUAUUAGAUGUCUCGAUAUCAGUAACGAGAAUUUAUGCGCUGAUAUCACAGUUGUCUCUCGUUGUUCUGUUCUAAUCAAAUCCUGCGCAAAACGAAGCAGGCAAGAGGGCGUGAGAAUAAUUGCCCUUAAAAUAAAAUAUAAUAAAUAAACUGCACUUCUUGGCAAGUGUAACCUCUGCUUUGUGAUUCAGCUGUUGUUGCAGUUUCCUGGUCACAGAUCAGUUAUUGAAGAGUUCUAAUCCCUUUUGAUUUCAGAGCGAAGAUCUUCGCCUUUUAAGAGAAGAAAUCGAGAAAGGCUUAGCAGAUUUGCGUAAAAUAACCUUAAUAAGAAACGAAUGCGCGCAGCUUGAUUGGUAUGGUUCUAACACUGGGCGGUGUUCCAAGUAAGUACAAAAGAGCGACCUUUCACCUGAUUCGUACCCAUUGGGCUUUGUUAAACCUCUCCUGAGUGGCGUGCAGGGCGUGAUGGGACGAAAGCGAGAGAGAGAGAGUCUUCUCUUCUCCCUUCCCAACACCCACUUCUCCCGCGAGAAGCGUUACGAAGAGGACUUGGGACAAUUCAGCCUUUUCACUGUUCCCAAGACAACGUAACGUAACUUCCACGUCACUUAAGCUACUAAGCUUGACUAGUGAUCCUCCUAUAUUGACCCCUUUUUUUGACUUGUCUGUUCCUUCUUUUAGAUGCAAAUUUUACAACCUGUCCUCUCCUUGUACAACUGCACGGCUACCGGCGGUUAAGUUUAGUAGAGAGCUUCAGGCCAAAGGAAUUAGGGGAAAAAUAGUUACAUUAAAUUAUAGUUGUACUCAAUAACCUCGGAUUUGUAGUCACUCUCAGCUUGAGAAUCUUUACUACGUAUAACAGUCCUUGUUUUUUUUUUACUUCGACAGAAGUCACCCCCGUUCAGUAAGUGCGUCUUCUCACAGACCGUUUUCAGCAAAACACGCCAUGACUCCGUCCCCGCCUAGCUCUGAGAAAUCCGGUAGUGCCAGGCUCCGCCCAGCGAGUGCGAGACCUCGCCCAGCUAGUGCCAGACCGCGUCCAGCCAGUGCCAGGCCUCGCCCAGCAAGUGCUAAGUUAACGUAUAGCAGUCAUAAGGACUACAUUGUGAGCAGCGCAUGCCGGGAUAUACCGCAAUCUACAACGCAGUCCCCUAGCUACAAAGUAGGCGAAACAAAGACGAGUCAAAUGAGACUGGAACUGAUGAAGAAGACAAGUGAUUGGAUGCUUAAGGAGUCACGGGAGUACCUUGCAAAGAAGUCAGAUGAUUUCAAACAACGGAUACCAAAACGUAAACAUUUGCCCCUUUCUUCUGUUUAGAAUUAAAGCGAUCCUCUCAUUUCACGUGGCCAUAAGUCGGUCGGUAUCUUUCUAUCUCACAAAUACACGUGAAAAACGUUUGCAGAUGGCUACUGCCUUCCUGUCCCUCGACUGGAUAUGCGAUUGCUUUUAAACUGAAUUGACAAGGAGAAAGAAUUCUCAAACGUACGAAUGUCUUGAUAGUGAGGGCAACUAUUAAGCAACUUCACAGAAAAAUAAACGACUUUUGGGAGGAACUUUUUAUAAUAAGAUAUUAGACUGCAGCUUCCAGCUAGGCCUGGCCUUUUCGAAAACGUGCUUUAUUAAACCUUUAUGUUUGUAUCACGUAAGGUAAAACCAAGAAGAAGAAUGGGACAAACUCGCAAGACGACCUUAAGUGAGUAGGCAUGGAUCUUAUGGUAGUCACUGAAGAUCAAAUGUUGCUUUUUCUUGCAUAUCAAGGUAGUUGCAGCAUUUAGAAAGCUGUCGUAAAAGCGAAUAUAUUUUAAAGCUUACAGAACCGUGAGGAUGCAAUGUUCAAGUAACAAUUUCUUGCAUUUUAAAUUUUGAUCGAAUGUCUUCGUAAUAGCUUGCGAACGCAGACGAAUUUCAGGUUGUCUCUUCUCUCUAAGUGCGCUUUCGUUUGCAUUGUAUCUUUGUAAAAGCACGAACCAAAAUGCUUUUCUUUCUUUUAUCGUCGUUUCUGAAUAGUUAUCAUUUCUUAUCUAACAUUUUUUUUCUCUUCAUUGCAGCGACGAAGAUUUGACUGUGAAGAGGUAACAAACGAGACGCAUAUUUUGUUUCAUACAUCUUUCAUGUCAUUGCAAAUUGAGGUGUUCUUGUUAGUGACGAUAGCAGUGCUAGGGCAAUUUUUAUCUUUGCCGAAAUCCAAAAUGAUCGAAAUACUAGAAAACGACGUUUAAUGUGUAGGAUUACACUACGUUAGUCUGAAAGUAUAAUAAAUGCCCUCAAAUUAGACGUGUCGUGCCACUUUUACUCUCUUUUAUUUCUCAGCGGAUGUAAGAUAAUUUCAUUGUUUGUUUAGGUGGCUUAAAAAGGAUGGCCUUGUUGCCAGGAAGCUGACCAUACUGGACGCAUUGGCACCAACAAUGAUUCCACACAGUACCAAGUAUGUACCAAUACUGGACAAACAUGUGCUCUCCAAGGUUUUUGACCAGGUCAGUACAGUUUCGUUUCUUUCUUUAGCAUAGGUUGGUAGGUUGCCCAUAAAAGCGCAAAGAAAUACAAAGAUCUACGCCAGUAUCCAGCCGUAUCGCCUGAGCAAGCUUUGUCAAUAGAGAGUUUUUUAUAUCACCAAGAAAAAAGUUUUUUUUGAAGCAAAAAAGCGGACAAUCCCGAACAAACCAUUUAGCCCCAUCUUUGACUGCUUGUGGGUAGCCGAUCAGAAUCCUGGAUUCAGCGCCAGCCAGACAACGCUCAUAUUUUUCCGUGAUUGUUGCUUAGGUUCUACCGUUGGCUCACACUUCAGGAAGCAACAGAGAUGAAGUUCAAUUGGUGAAUCCUCAAGCGGUUAAUCUGAAAUCUUACGAGGCUCGGCUGGAAACAGCCAUUGCUGAUUACACCAGGUAUUUACAGCAUCGUAUUUCACGACCAAAUUACCGAGACGAAAACAUGAACCAGAGAGGCUUACCGUUAUUUUAUGGUUGUGUUUCUUUCAGGCGCCUCGAUGAGCUUGUUUUCGUCUGUCUAAGCGACGAAGAAAGAAUAAAGUGAGUGAUCAUCUUAUUUCGUAGAGGCGAACCGCAUUUACAACCCAAUUCUCCGUUACGAACUCUCAAUUUGGUCCCCAUUAAAUACCAAUUGAAACCAUCUUCUAUUUCAAAGAAUUAAACACCCUAAGACACUCUUUAAUCUAACAGUGCACACUUGCUUCGCUCGACAUUGGUCAUCGCGUUUUUACACGCUCAUGUAGGUGAAGCCCCUUUUAACGUAAAUGACUCCUAAAAAAAGGUUCCUUGAAGAAUGUCGUCAAAAAAGCACGAACAUGUUUCAAUCACAUGCGGUUAUUGCCUAUUAAAAGUGAACAGCCGUUGCCUCUAAUUUCUUCUCACUCACAGCUCUUUUUAAUGCUAACGGUAACCGUGUGGAACUCCUGGAAAUAUGAUUUAAAAUCAUACUCACUACCUUGUUAAUAGGAAAGAGGUGGAGUUUACACGUUAUUACAAGAGAGGCUACGUGGCAUUGUUUUUUCCAAUAAUUCAUCACGCGCGUGCAAAGAUGGCGGAUCCAUUAAGCGUUAAUUUCUUACCUUGUCGUUUCCUCGUCGUGUAGUUAGCGAUGUUAACCAACGUGUAGUUUACUUACCAUUUUUCUUUUUGUGAGCCAGGUAUCCUGAGGAUCGACUUCCUUCCUUUCUUGAUAACAAAGCGUCCAUGAUGGAUGACUUGGAGAAACAAGACUGGCCUGUCGACCCUGAUGAUAUCAGUUUACUGGAAAAAGAAAUACAGCAAGCUCAAACGUUUCUUCUGCAAUCCAAGGACUUGAGACAGAAAUCAGAAGAGGUAAAAAGUCGUGCUGAUGAUGUUGUUAGAGGCCAUUCCAGUGCUAGCAACAUGGCAAGAUCAUACGAUACACAAUGAUGUACACAGGCAAAGUUCCUUAUGUGUCCAUCUUGUUGGCGCACGCAUUUCAUAAUUGAGCGACCCUCUAUCUAACAGUUCUCCCAUUCAAAGCAGUUUGAACCUCUCAAAGACGGCCAGGCGUCCGCGAGAACCAAAUCCUGGUGAAUUUCUCGACUGUAUCUAUAUAAUUUGGGAGAGCCUUACACAUACGUAACAGUUGUGCGCCUGAGACCUCUUUUUUUCAUUUUCAUUUCCUUCACGCCUGACUCGAGCUUAUAAUCAGAACGAAAAAUUAGAAAAAGGUUAUUCCAAAGGUCAGAACAGUAACUGAACGCUCGAGAAAAGCAUAUCUUGAAUUGACGUACAACUCUUUGGCAGGCAUCCCGUGAGAUAGCGGAAAAACAAAGAAAAGCUCGGGAAGAAGCAGAAAACAAGCGAAUCGAGCAGAUCAUGACCAAGGUUAGUAUACAUUUAUGGUUCGUAUCUCUACUGAGCUUUUGGCAAUGCAAGAAUACAAGGAUGUAGACUACUUUCCUAUUCUUGUCAAUGAACUGGAACUAGCCAAGAAACAAUGCUAGUUUUAGUCCAAUUCUCCCGCGUAAACUCCGUCUGUGAGCUACAAUCAUGGACAAAAGUCUUGGGACACUUUUGCGUUUCUGGGGCGUUUUCCAAUUUAUUUACACAGGUUCAACACCUCCCCUCACCCCACAAACAAUGUUGGACGCGUGUAUCCAGAAUUUUUUCCGAGUUUCAACUUUGUAUAGGGUGGGGGAGGGAGAACUGCAAGACAAUUUCGAAGAGGAUGCACUGUGUUAUGAGGAAACCGAGAAAUGACAGAAAAAUAUGAAUAUUGCAGUACUGUCCCAGGGACUUUUGUCCAGGAUUGUAGUUCCAGUUUGUUCAUCACAAUUCGAAAACUAGGGGUGACGAAGUCGUGAAAGGGCGACUCCCCUCAAAACGUCCAAGUUUACGUGCAACAUGAUAAAUGAAUAAUCUUGUCUAUGGACUCGCCGCGCCUUAUUCCUUGUUCAUAAAAACUCCUGACUUGCCAGAUCUGAAAAGUUUCUUUUUCAACAGGGUCCCAAGCCCGCUCCGCCUGCUCAGUCAACCUCCAAUAAAAAUCGUCUUCUUCACCACAAGGUUUUGGCGCGAAACGAGGUGGAUGGCUUCUACUACGCAGGCUUGGUAGUGCGCUGUUUGAACUCACGUUAUGUCGAGGUUGACUUCCGGGAUUUUGACCGUCAGGUUGUUUCCUCUAGAUACGUCAUUGCUAUGCAGGGAGCCAGGCCUUGUCCGUCACUUAAGGUUCAGUAUCCCUUACUUUCUGUAGAGAAUGCUGGUUACAAUGUUGUGGGUCGUGUUGUAUUAGAGGGAUCAAGCAUAACUUGGUUACGCUAUCUGCCGUUUCUUGUCUCGAAGGUGUAGAUUACUGAGUUGUACCGAUUCUUUUUUUUUCAUAUAAUCCUUCUAUAAAUGCCGCCGGCAGGCGUUUUUAGAUGAUAUAUUUGCUUCCAUCUGCGGCGUGUAGUCAAGUAAAAAGGGUAACUCUCCAUUUAUACGCUCUCUUUUUGUGCAAUAUUCCUGUGCUGUAUUACCUAUCCUUAUGCUGAUGUGUAUCAUGCAAAGCAGUCAUUUUUUUUUCCUUCAUCAAAGUGGUUGCACUUUUAUCUGUUUAUUGUCUCCUUGGAGCUAAUUCAAUCUUCACCUUAGAGCGUUAGCCUUGGGAUGUGUGGUAGAAAAGUUAUAGCUUACCAGUAUUGCAAAAUGCGAGUCUAGUCAGUCACUAAGCUUCCACCAAGUUCACCCUCAGAGUACGUUUCACUGAUCGUGUUUUAUUUUAACUGAGGUGUUUUUUGUUCAACAGGUUGGCGACUAUGUUCUCGUCAAAACCCUCGUUCCGCGCGAGGAAGAAGAUGAUGAGAUAAUUGACGGCGUGCAGUGUUACGUCCCUGGAAUCGUUCAAGUUGUUCCGCUGAGAAAAGCUACAGCCACCAAGUGCUACACAAUACUACGCUUUAAUGGGAAAAAGGUCGGUAAAGGUCAACUCUACAGUAACGAGACCCUCUCUCAAGCGAAGACUUGUUCGCGCUGAGUGCAUGCAAAGGCUAGAGUGGCCGAAUUUCGGGCUUCUCACCUAUUUGGUCAUAGUUCGAAUCAGCAAUAGAGAGGAGAAGGGUGACUACACGUUAUCAUGGUAGCAAAAUUUCUAGAUCUCAACAAUCUUUCUUGACAGAGAAGGCCAUUUGUCGAACGAUGGAAGAAAAUUUGGGGCUGCCGCGUUGUUCCUGAGUGCAAUCAUGCGCAGAAAAGUCAGACAUGUCAAUUUUGUUUUUCGUUUUUCCCCGCCAUAAUUGCAGGACCACGGUUUUUUGAGAUCCAGAAAUUUUGCUACCAUAGCAACCUGACAUAACGACCUCUCUUAUGUUUUGUAUUGUUUUCUCUUUUUCUGCUAACAAACACUACCAAAUCUUUCAUAGUCGUUUCGGGGGUAAAUGAGUUAUGUUCAUUUUUGUUUGUUUGCCUUGUUUUAACAUGAAAGCGACAACAAAUCUAUCCGAGAGGUGUCUAUUCCUAGUAAUGAACGACUUGGUCCAUUUAGUGGAGACUAUAUGUAAUAUUGCCGUUCUGUCGAGAUUCUUAAAACAUAAACUCAUUGGGUUCCUAAUUAAAGUCGUGUCCUGUUGUCACGUUGUCAUGUCUACAUUCAGUUUCAACUGCUAUACCUUUUUGAUUACAUUAUAUUCAGAUAACAUCCGUGAGGAAUGACUUGGUGAAGAUUUCUAAAGCACGCUACACGUUCGCCUGUCGCUACAUCAGAGAUGCUUUGCUUUCUGCUUAUCGAUCGUAAGUUCAAGUAAACUAAGAUUACCCUCUAAUCUUUUUGGAAGAGAGGUUUCCAGUUCAGUGCAUUUUUGCUUUCAAAAGUGCAGGUAUCACGAGUACUUUUCGUGGCGAACGUAGAAGUCAGUCCUAAUUUUAAAACUACAUUUUCAGUUCCCUGACUUUAUCUUGGGGCGUCUAAUCAAUGCGCCUCCGUUACUUGUUUUAGAACAACGCCGUUUGGAAUGUACUUAAAAGAGGCUGAAGAAGACGCUCUCUCCGAGGAUAAAGGUAUAUAAACAGUCACAACUCGCCACUGUCGCAACGAGAAGGAAUCUUUCGCAAAGACUCAUGGGACUGUUACUAAGGACAAGAAAAAAAUGGCAUGAUCCCAGAAACAAUUGCGAACCGCGUUUCUGCUCCAGUUCCCUUCUCGUUUCUUAAGUGGCGAAUAGUGUGCGCCUGUUUGAUUCUACGACUAACAUACACCACUUUCUUUCUAACGUACUUUCUUUGGUCCAUUAGACAAAAGCAAGGGAGAAGAAUCGCCCCGGAGCCAAGCUAGCAGUCGAGCCAGCAGUCGGGCCAGCAGUCACUCCAGCAAAAGCAGCCGCAAUAGCAGAAGCGGUAGCCGCAGUCCAAGCGCUAAUGGGAGCACUGCACCGUCAUCUAAAGGGGCGUCACCCCGCGAGCCGGCAGAGGAGAGGAGAUCUUUUGAGGAACUGAAACAAGAGCUGGAGGAGGAACAUAGGAAGCAGCUGGAUGAGGUCAACAUAAAAAUACAGGAGUUACAAAGGCUGCUGGACGAGGAGAAGGAAAGACACGAGAGAGCAACAGAAGAACUUAAAGACAAGCGGCGAGAAUUGGACGAUGAACAACAGAAGUUUCUACAACAGCAGAUCGAUGAGCAAAAUAAAAGGUUUGAACUUUGAUCGGUACUUAGAUACAUUAUUUAUUCUGAUGGAGAAUAAUUGCGCAGAGCUGCAAAUAAUUUUUGGUUUUAUAAUCGAAGUACCUCUAACCAGCUCAUCAUUUAUCCAUACAAGUCAGAAAAUUGUCCGCCAUUCAUUACAUGUUCGAGUCAGAUCUUCGGCUUCCAAUUGAUAACCUUUGUGGUGUUGCAUCUGUCCGGUCCCUUCAUAUCGGACAUUUUGUCGGACACUGGGCAAAGUUUAGUCGGAAUGAGUCGAUGAUCGACUGUUAUCUGCUCCUCUCUUUGCAAGUUGUCUGUACACUUAUGACAGCAGAGUUAUUAAAACUCGUCAGAAUUGACCAAAAAGAGCAAUGUCCUCGUGGCAAAGAUUUUUGUUUAUGAAUCUGUCUCAGGGCAUGAAAAACAAAACAAAAAAACUUGAAUUCCAGCUUGUCCUUUGGUCAAGCAGCUCUCACCUUUUUCUUGCCCGGGGCUACUUCUCGCUCGUUUUAGUUAACCCUUUAAGCCCUUAGAGUGAUCAGCAUCAAAUUUCUCCUUGUAAUAUCAAUGCUUUGUAAAACAGAGUGGUCAUGAGACUUAAGGACAUGAUCACACAAGAUGAAUUUGCUUGAUAUUUUAUCAACCUCUCCCCACUACUUCUUUAGAAAAUGAAUAGGGGCAACAAAUGAGAAUUCAAAUUUUGAUCUUAGGGUUUAAAGGGUUAAUCAUUUUGUUAGAGAAUGACUUUGCCUGGACCCUUGCCCACUGGGCAAGUAAGCUUUUAAUAGUUCUGUUUCAUGCCCGGCAACUUGUUCCGGUCUACCGGACGGGACUUUUUUCGAGCCCUAGAAUCAGGAAUUGAAUCUUUGUCUCCGCCCGUGUUAUGUUGCAGUAAUUUUACGUUCUCUGAGCACCUCUUUUCAUUUUAAUUUUCGCAAACAGGCAAACAGAGAUCCAGGAUGAACAAAAACGGCUUCAAAACCAACAGGAAGAACUGCUUAAAAAACAAAAAGAACAACAAGAGCAGCUUCUUAUGCAGCAGUACAACCAAACUCAGCAGCUACAGUUACAACAGCAACAGCUUUUACAACAAUUAGCCAACAACCUCCAAGCCGCUCAGGAUAGACCCGAGCGCCCCCGCGUCAAGAUUCCGGAUAUCCCUGUGGUCUCUCCUCCGAGAUCACGUUCAAUAUCUCCGCCCAGUCCGUCGUCCGCGCGGUCAACUCCGCGGUCGUCGUCGCGGUCGUCCCCUAGGGCGUCAGUGAAAGGUUCGGAGAAGUCAUCAUCUAAAGGUAAGACUAAAUGGCAUCAAAUUCAAGCUGAAAACAUUUUCAAUUAAAUUUCUUGGUUUGACUUCACUGAUUUGGUAUGUCUGUAGAGAUUCUAAGCGUUUAUGGUCGAUUUAGGGCCAAUUGUUUAAAAAAAGAAAGUACAAUGUAGACAGUGGUUUUAGAUAAUCGGUCGACCUUGAUAUUUCUUUAUUAGAGGGAUGUUUGAAGUAUUAAUUAGCAAAUGUUUUUUUCGAAUCUAGACAAUGUGCUUUCUUGACAGUUGUCACGCAUAGAAAGUAACUCUGAGAUACUAGUUUGAUUUCACUUGUUUUUGCUGAUUUGAUGAUGGUUUAGAUGGCGGGUUUUGUUACAAUGUAUGAAAAAUGGGCUAAACUUUGUGUUAAUGGGAAGCUUAAGCAAAGACGACGGCAGCGAAGACGUCACCCAUCGUGAUGCUUCAAACUCCAUCGCUUAAAUUUGAGCUCUUUCAAUUUGUCAAAUGUUGACGAUUGUUUCAGGAGUUGAAUUACAAAGGACUGUGUCUAAGUUCAUAAAAAGAAAAAGAAAACCGUCGUCUAUUCUUCACGUCCUCCAUAAAACGUGAAAUUAGGAAGUUUCACGUCGUAGUCGUGCAGUGACGGCAAAGAAAGAUACACAUCAAAAAGCGUGAUGCACGUGCAAAGUUGUUGUUUUGCCGUUCUCGUUGCCACCGCCGAUACCAUCGCUUCCUAACCCUAGGGUUUUUCUUAGCAAGUGAGGGAACGCUUAAAUGGCUAGGAUAUUGGAGUAGGUUGGUCCGAUUCAUAAAAUACGUCACCGUGGUUGGUUUAAAGCGGAACGUUUUGAAUUUGUUUGCCUCCCUUAUCUACUGGAACUACCGUUCAGCUUACCAAUAUAUUCCUCUUUUUGUAGGUUCCCCUCGUAGUUCGCAAGAAUCGUCAAAGAAAUCUUCAUCACCUGGAAAACCUUUAGCUGAGUCUUCGAGACCAACGUCUGCUCGAUCAAAAUCAUCUAAACGAUCUUCUCAUAACAGCCUGCCUCCAGGAUCUGAUGACGAACACAAAGAAGAGGAAAGCGACAGAGAAGAAGACGAGAAGCAGUCUACAAAGAGUGAAAAAGAAAAAUCAUCAUCCUCUUCGUCAUCGUCGUCGUCGUCAUCCUCCUCCUCAUCAGACUCAUCUGAUGACGAGAAGCCCGAUGGAGAAGAUGAGGUGCCGGCCGCUACCCUCGCCGCUGGCAGCGAAGAUGAACCUCCCGCGGUCCAGGUCCAUGUAUCCAAUGGGAACGAAGCGUGUCUUUUGACCAAAGGAUCUCACGGGCUCCUGAUAUGUAAGUUUUACGAAUACAAGUACAGUCGACAACUCCCUCAAAGACGGACACCUUUGAGACUGGCCCUAAGUGUCCUUCUGAGAAAGGUGUCCGUCUUAUAGAGUCAAUUAGAGAGUAAAGAAAGGCGGUGACUAGCUGUAGAUGUCCGUUUUACCGAUGUAUUCGUCUCUUAGAAGUGUCCGUCGGGAGAGAGUCGACUGUAUAUGUAUCUCCAAUUUCAUUAGCAGUAACACCUAGCGGCUCUCAUAACAAUAGUAGUGAUACUAAACUUAUGAAACCACAGUAAAUUCCUCAAAUGUGAGUACAUCAUAACUUCAGUGAAUUCAGUGUAAUAAAAUUGGGUCGUGAUGUAAAGAUGCUGCGGAUGAAAAUGGCACAGCGUUAAAAAACGUUGCAGAAAAAUCAAACGUGUAUUAGAGCUUAAUUGUAGACAGUAAAGAGGCCUUUUCUCGACGAAAAUUCAGAAAAUCAAGUGUAACAUAUAUGCUUAAAACAUUUCAAUGUUAGGAGUUUUCGAUAGAAUAAACAAGUAAAAAAAACCCACGACUGUGAGCGUUAUUGGUGACCCAUUAUAUUAGUAGGUAAUAGAUACACCUUAUUCUAUGGUUUAGCAUAUAAUACCGGUUAAACCAGGACACUACAGUGUAUUACGGCCUCGUAUUUUGCGCGUUCUCUUAACCUUAUUUGGUAAAAUGACGUAAUAGUGGAAUAAUAAAAUGGUAUAUUUGUGAAAUUUGGAAAAUAACUCGCGCCCGGCAUCCUUUGAUAAAACACACUUAUUUAGGUCUUGCGGGUAUUUCCCAUUUCAGCUCGCCUUCCUCCGGACCAGGACCCCGCUGUAGAAACAGCCCGCGUUCCAAGAUCGCUAGAGGUGGGAGAAGAAGUUCUAGCUCGGUGGUCGGACGAGGGAUGGUAUUAUCGAGGUAAACCUUAAUUGACUUUCCAAAUUCUAUUACCUUUUUGGCUUGUUCUCUGUUAAUUCGCGCCUGUACAACGCAGGUGGUUUUUAUGUCCGAGACUUUAAAAGAUUAAUUGUUAUUGAAACGGGGCCACCAGACCGCCUUAUAUGCAUAGUUAAUGUUUUACAGUAAAAUUUAGUAAUAUUUUGAGAACCGGGAAGAGUAGAUACUUUUUCAUCACUCGCAAUUUGAGGGGCUGUUUAGAUGAAUGGAGGAAGAUCCAGAAAGCGGAUCAUCCUAGCGCCAUGUGUUGUCUGUAUUCAAGUUUACAUCAUGCAAAGGGUUGUACUUGUCCCCACGACUAGGAUCUUCCUAGGGCUCCUUAUAAGUACUAGGAUCUUCCCAUCUGAGCACCAUGUAAACUGCCUUCGCUAGGAAGAUCCUAGUAUUAGGGACAAACCACGCAAAAAUGGCGGCAGGUCGUUCAGUGGCUAAUCACGACAAUAAAGGCCGACCACUUCGUUUGGCCUUACUACGAGCUGAUAAUUGUGAUAAUUCUGCUGAAAAGUAGUUAUUGACGCCAGUUAAGAGAGAAGAAGGGCCCAACGGCAGUUUUUGUUUUUGUCGCCCGUCAUUUUUAAUUCCUUCUCGAACCUUCUCUUCUUGGGCACUACACGGACCGAAAUUUCUCCAUGUAAAGGCAACGUAAAGUUGUUCCGCCUUGUAGGAUCUUCCCCCUCCAUUUGAACAGCCCCUAUAAAAAGAAUGAGAGAUUUUAGCCCUGGGAAACCUUAAUUGUUUUGAAAAUGUCUGCGAGCACUUUUCAGUCGAGUCGAGACUAGCGAACAAGUCGAUAGGAGAACUGGGAAGAGGCUGCUUUUCUCUUAUGAUUGAGUUUAACGCAGAUGUGUUUUGUUUUGUUUCCAGUCUAAUCAGCCCGUCUAGAAUACUAAUAUUUGCGCUCUUCUAGUAUUGGGCUACGAAGAACUACGUAUUUAUAUUGCUUGAAUAAGGUUGUAGUUUUAACCGUUUUUAUUGCUUUCAUCAGGCACCAUCAAGCAAGAUUGUGGAGACGGAAGUUAUUUCGUAGAGGACAGCGUGGGUGACCUGGAACAAAUCUACAGACCGGAUAUCAUCACAGAAGCAGAUGAUGCUGAAAAUGAAAUCAGUGUACAUGAUCCUGUAAUUGCGCUUCAUCCUUCAUUUCCGUACGCUUAUGCACCAGGUACGACAGUCAGGAAAAUUUAUCUUUGUAGCCUUCAAAAAUAUAUGUGCAUGAUUUUGGGGUUGAAGUUGAACCCUGUAUUUCAUUAAUAAUCAAACACUGUUUGAUUAUUUGCACAAGUAAGCGCUCUGGACUUAUGUUGGCCAUAUGACAGAAUGCGCGUUUGGAGCGUGCAUGAAAACGGAGAGAGAAAAAGGGCAGGGCGUGUGUGGUUUGCGUGGAUUUUGCGUUAAACUUGCCUGUUGCGUGACGCUUCCGGUGUUUUGCUUCCUGUGAACCACAUCUAGAUUUGAAGCAGCUACGUCACGGUUUUUUCAUCGUGAGAUAUUUAAUCUAAAUUUCACCGAUUCAAAUCAAAGACCACACGCAGGUCUACACUGCAGGUCUUGCCAGUAGCCUGCGUUGCUAAGCGUAGCUGGCGCUUUGGUUGGGGAAGCGCGCGCGAGCGACUGAGCGGCGAAGGGAAGAGAAGUAUGGGGAAGCCGCUUAUGUUCGCGGCUUUCUCGCUCGUUCACGCGCGCGCUUCCCCCAAAAAACGCGAGCUAAGCGGGCGAUAUUACUGUGUAAACAUUCCUGUUACAAUCAUGCACAAGAGAGUCAGACUUGUCAAUUUUGCCUUUUUUUUUUCGCCAUAUUUGCAGGACCACGGUUUUUUGAGAUCCAGAAAUUUUGCUACCAUGGCAACCUGACGUAACGACUUCUCUUACGUUUUGUCUUGUUUUCUCUUCUUCUCUUAACAAACACUACCAAAUCUUUCAUAGUCGUUUCGGGGGUAAAUGAAAACGCCAAAAAAGCUAAGCGGGCGAUAUUACUGUCAGGAAACAUUCCUAUUAAUUGCUGCCUUUGAUAAGUGAGUUGAGCUUUUAUUCUGUUUUCAGGUACUGUACUGAGGUUGGAAAAUGAUGGAUUAUACGUUCGACAUUAUGAUGGAAUAGAAAGCGUUAUACCACGAGAGGAAAGCUAUCUAAUAACUCCUGAGAAAUUCGAGAGAGAUUGCCAGUAUAUCCUUCAGUGUGAAGAGAGUUUAGUGGGCCAGGCUGUGGUUGCCCGGAACGAGAAGGACGGCAUGUUUCACCUUGGUACGUAGUUGCUAAAGGCUACUGAUGUAGACGUGUUUUCGUUAGGCAUCCUCUCGGGGUCUCGAUUGUCUUCAUCAAAUAGUAUCCUCAGUCAAUUCCAAUUCUUGUCUAUGCCUUGGGUUCCAGAGAGUAUGCAUGCGCGGUUUGCUCAGAGUAAUUUUUGUCCUUUAAGUUCCUGUAAACGAGCCACGUUGUGCGCGAUUAAUUACGCGCCACUGAAGUUAGAUUUCGAAGCGUAUGCAAGUCUUACUAGAUAUAAAAUUUUGGGCCAAGUUAUAUCGACCGAGGAAAUUGGACUGAAAAUUCUGGUUUUCAGGUUUACAGUCGGGUAGCAAACUUUGCGUAUUGUUAGGGUUGCAUUUUUGGAAGACAAUAGUGCUUUUGUUUCUCACAUUCUUUUGUGUUUCGGUAAGCGGCGUUCGAUCUUUAAUCGGGUAUGAUCGGUAAAUUUUUACUUAGUAGUGGUCUAGUGGGGCAAAAACUUUAAGCGAGACACAAAACGAUCAAACACGGCACUUUGACCAGAGAGAUCGCGCAGUGAAUUAAGCUUUAUCCAUUCAUGAAGCCCGCAUAAAAUAACAACUUCGGUUAUUGUAGCUGGGAACUUUAAAUUUUGUUUGCGUACAAAUCUGUCUAGUAAUUUACGGUCAGGUAUCGACAUAACAUGUACUUAACACGCGGCGCGUUAGGGCCUGUUUACAUGGAGGUGGGGAACCCCAGGUAGGUAAGGUAACCCGCUUUGGUGGGUAACCCGCCUGUCCAUAUAAUCUCUCAUUUUAAUUUGAUCACGUUUAUAUGAUAGGUGGGGUGACCCGCGGCAUGUUACCUCACCUAUCUGGGGUCCCCCACCUUCAUGUAAACAGGCCCUUAAGUACAUGUUAUGUCGUAUCCUUCUCGUUAAUCAUUGAUAGUUUUAGUACAUAUCAUGUAAAAUGCAGUAAGAUCUAACUUGCACUUUACUUUGUUUAGGAACUGUGCGAGAACGUGUUGGAAAUGGGCGACAGUACAUUAUCGAGUGGGCAGAUCAGUCUGUGCAGUUACAGGUACAACCGAAAUACUCAAGUAAAUAAGUAAAUAACUCUGCUAAAGUUUUAGUAUGGUUCACACGAAAGUUGUAGUUUGAAAAAACUUUCGCCGAUUUGUUUGAAGUCCAUUUAGCUCUAAGUAUUGGAUAAUUGCGUGUAAACAGCAUGGGUUGUUUUGGUAACUAAUCUUGGAUUUGCGCCGAUCGUCGUUCGAAUCGGUCGUUCGGCCAAUAACGACGCCAUGACAAAAAGGGCAGGGGUGGAAGAAAGGAGACUGUAGAACUGCUGUUCGGAAGUAUGAGUUAUGUGUUUGUAGUCACUGUAUCCGUCCCUAGUUUUACCAUAACAGGUUUUGUUUUUGCUUAUUUCUUCAGAGUUCUGGUUACAUGUUCGGUGCUCAUACAAAACGCCGUCCGCUGACUAUAGGGGAUCGCGUGCUCGCACUUUGUGAUCCAGGUAAAGAGCCAACAUUUUGAACUCGAAACGAAAGUUGGCAACAACUAAACGACGCUUCAAGUUUACUGUUUGUGCUAAAAACCACUUCAGUAACGAAUUUGAGGUAGUAUAUCCUUCGUGAAGUUGAAAAUAAUUGAAUUCACAAGAUAAAUAUAUAUACAUUUUUCAAGUUGUUUCGGCCAUUUCAUCACUUAAUUUUCUGAUAUCUUAUUUUAGUAAGCUUUCUAAUCAACUGUUUGUCACUGAUUACUUUCCCGUCUCUAUGGGAACCGUUUGAGGGUUGAAAGCUGUGAGUUACAGCCUGUUGAAGUAAAUUCUCGGCGAUUCCUCAGAGUUAAGCUGUACUUAUUAUUGUAACUAUUGUUUGUUUAUUACAGCAUUGUAUGUCUACCUCCCCGGUUGGAUUGCUGGUUCAAAUGGCCGAAGACUGGUGAUCAAGUUUUGUAACGGCAAAAGGUGCGUCACUUUUGAGUCAUGUUAUGAAACAUGGUUCCAGGACACUACUUUAAAAAAGUCUGUGACAAGAGUUUGACUGUAAAUUUGACGCUGCAAUGGUCUGUAGUUUAAUGCAAACUGUGGGUUGCAAUUGAUUACGUUUUCCACAAACUGCUAUCAACGACUCAUUUUAGAAAGCUGGUUUACUAACUUGGAACAAACGCCUUUGAAUAGCAGUCAACAGUUACCGGCACUGUACAAACGACUUAUUGACGGACUCAACCAGAACUAACUACGACAGAACGACUGACAAUUUGAAUAACAACCGACAAUUUGAAUAACAAUAAACGACUGUUUAAAAACUUACAGACGACCAAUAACGUCGCUACUUAAUUGACCAACCAUCUUAAACCAGAUCUCUACAUGACAGUGGAGACCCAUUAAACAACAUUACCACUUACCAAGAAUGUGUUGUUCUCAUUAGCUCAAGUCAUGUGGAUCCCCUGCAGUGCUUCUGGCUGUCACGUGACUAUUAUGACCGUAUGGUGGAAAACUAUCAGAAGAUAAACAAAGAAAGAUGACGGCACGUUGGUUGGUUCAAGGAUUAUUACAAUAGUAUUUAAAAGGAUCUAGUUUUAUCAACGACUUCAACUGUAAAUAAAACUUUUGGUCGGUACUGUACAUAUUAAUUCAUUGAAUGCAGAUAUGAUUUUUUUUCUUUCUUUUUGUUACUACGGAGGGAUAAAUUCGUCAUAUUUUGUUGAAAAUCCCUCGUUUUUGUUGGACACUGGAAACCAGAAACCAACACUGCAAGUGUUCGUCGUUACACUAAGUUUAGUCUUGCUCAUUGAAUAAAGUUAUGAUUUUUGAGCAAAAGACAAUGUGAAAAUCGUAAAGGGUGUAUGCCAGUGAAAACAUUUAUUUACAGAGCACCAACGUGAAAAAAAGUAUGAUUAAUUGUUUCUGGAAAGCACACACUCUGCUAAAUCCGUAAGUCAGGUACGAUGUAUGUAAAUCGGGAACCAGUUGGUUCUAUCAUUGGUUUUGCUACAAUAGUAUUUA